UAACUGUAAUAUCAGCGAAACUUUUGAUGGUGGCAGUGUGGGAGGAAGAUGCUCUGCGAAAAAGAUGUCUGUGUGCGUGCAGCGUAAACAAUGUAACUUCAUCUGGCUGCUAGCUAACGUUAGCCCGUGAACAAAAGAGAGCACGCCUCCAUAUGUUAACUAGCUAGUCUUGGUGACUUAACGUUGGUCAUUAUCAACAAGACCGGCUGGUAUUUAUUUUCAUCCGCGGCGCUCUGUAUUGCUGAUGGGCACCAUGGAUCCACACCAGCGUGGUUGCGGUACCUGCUACCUGGCUAUCGGCUAACAUCGCAGCUUAAGAACCGUACUGGAUGGAGUCAAAUAAUCAUUUCAACUAUGGCACCCACUCCUCAGCAAACUCAGGACUGAAACUCUCCUCAGGGGAUUCUCUUUAUACUAACGGCUCCUCCAUGAGUUUUCCUCAGCAGGGGAAGAAUAUGAAUGGCGAAAUGAAUGUGAAUGGCAUCACUACUGUACUUGGGUCCGGUGUGCCUGGUUCCCACCCACCAACAGCUCCUUACCCACACAUGAGCAACCACCACCAGAGCAGCGUGGGCUAUGACUACCUGUGGGGAGGACACCCUCAGUAUAGUCCAGCCAUGGGCACCUCUCCUGGGCAUGGGAUGCACCAGAAGCAGCCUACAUCUGGAAUGGUGCAGCCUCAGUCACAGCACCACUUCCAGGGUCAUGGACAGUACCAACUGAAUGGGGGUAUUGAAAGCUCCCACCAGCCCCCUGUGGCAGGCCCACCGAACAUGCCUCUUACUGGGAGUCAGUACUGGAACAGGAGUAACCCUGGCCCACAGCAGAUAAGUUAUAAUUCCCACAAUAUGUAUGGGACCUACCAGAGUCAGGCACAUCCUGGAAUUACACCAUCACAGCAUCACCAGCAGCAGUCCUUACAACCACCCCAGCAUCAACCGUCACAGCAGCACCUCCACUCCCACCGUAACCCACACCACCACCACCAGCAGCACCAGCAACCACCACAGCAUUAUGGCAUGAUGCCUAAUGGGAUGCCCUAUUACCAGCAUCAACCCCAGCACCCGUCCCUGCCAUCUCCCCAGCAGCAGCAGCAGCAGCAGCCACCACAGCAGUCUCAGCCCCAAGGCCAGGCUCAGAUGAUGCCCCCAGCUGCCCAGAGUUUUACUCCGCCACGUGGCAGCCCACAGCAUCACAGUUUAGGCAGAGGAAGCACUGGCAGCCCUCUCCCUGUACCAAUGCCCUCAGCACCAGUGAUGUCACCCUCAACGGUGCAUGAUAGUGGAUCACCUAAGGGCCACAACAGGGAACGGAGCCCCCAUGCUAGCAAUGUGGGACUAUCUACUGUCAUGCAAGGACAUACAAGUGAAGGUGUCAAGGAGGGAGACACAAGCUAUAAUGGUAUGGAAAGGGCACCUGAUGCCCACAGGCUAACCAAAAGUGACAAUUACCAACCCAAACCUGUGGGUCCUACGAGUGAUUAUCGUCAGCAUUCUGAACAGCCAGCAGCUCAGCAUCCAGAAAUGACUUCCCCUGUCAGAGAGCCAGCCAUGAAUACACCUCCCCAGUCUGUGUCAUCUCAGCUCUCUGCAUCUACAUCGCCUGCAGCAAUGUCAACGUCUCUUACUAAGGCUUCAACACCUCCUUGGGUCCCUGCAGCUACUGCUUCCUCUGAGUCUCCCACAUCUGCCCCUGGACCCCCUAUAGUUUCACCCCCUGGUGUAGAAUCUACUCCACCACAAAUCUCAACACCUCCCAAUGUGUCCCCUGCUUCAUGUCCAGCGGCUCCUCCCAGACUUUCCUCACCUCAUCUAAUGAUGCAAGGCCUCAGGCCUCCCACUUCUGCUGUGACUGAAGUAUCCCCUGCUGAAUCCAAGCAUCUGUCAGUGAGAUCUUCUUCUUCCUCCUCCCUGCCUGCAUCUCCUCCAGUGACGUCUACACCUCUUGCUUCAACUGACAGUGUAUCUAGACCUGUAGGAUUUUCUUCAGUCUCUUCUCUAUCGGAGACUGUGGUCCAUCAAACCAAGUCUUCAUUGCCUCCUACAGCUUCUGGGCCUAGUUCCACUGUCUCCCCUCCUGCCAAUGUGUCCACGUCUUCUUACUCAGUGUCUGCGCCCAUCUCGUCUCUUCAACAGAUGGUCCAAGGGUCCACGUCACCUCUGACAUCUUGCUUUCCUGAUACAUCUGGAGUUCGGCAUGAUAGACCUGGACCCCCAAAAUUAAUAUCUUCUACUUCAUCUGUGGGUACAAAAUCCUUAUUUGCUGGUGUACCUCCACCUCUACUGUCAAAAAUGUGCAGUAAGACUAGUGACCCAGUGCCCACACCCCAGCGUCAGACAUAUACUCCUCCAGCGGCUGAUUCUGACAUACCUUCCCUAGCACCCCAUGAAAGUCCUACAGUCCGAACUCUGUCUACCCUACCUCUUCUAACCACUCAAGCCUCCAGGACUGCACCUGUGUCUGCCCCUCCUGCCUUGGUGUCUGUGCCUCCUGCAUUGGGUAUGUCUUCUGGAGUGGUCUGUAGUUCUGAUUCUGAGCAGCAUCCUCCUAACACCACUCCUCCUCAUGCACUAAAGCAGUUGUCGCCCAAGCCAGAGCACUAUGGUCAUAGUGGGGAUAGGAAAGCAUUGGCUACUAAAAGAAACGGAAAACCAGAGGAACACCCCUCUCAGCUUGAUUCGUGCAUGAAAAGGACAUCACAGAAGGUAGAAGCUAAUGAGACUAAUAAAUCUGAAAUUCGCUCACCCAGAUCCCUCACUGAUCUUCCUGGGAAAUCCUUGCAGACCGCAGUCGCUCCUGAUCAAAAGCCCAAGAAUAAACAGACAGAUUCUGAAAGGCACCACAUGCAAAGCAGUGUCAUCUGUGAGGCAGAGGACUCCACGGUGGAGCAUACUCCGCUCAGAAAGUCCUCACAUCUCCACAGCGCAAGGGUAGAACAUCUGACCGAUGAAGAAAGUUUUGAUGAUACUUCACAUACAGCUUCUCUGUUUGAUGGCAAUUCAAUGUUUGACACCCCCUCUAGAAUUGAUGUGAGCUCUAUCUUGGGAAAGACCCCUCUUUUAGAUGGCAAUAGCUCAUGCGGAGAUGACUCCCCUCACUUUGACGACAGCUUUCACCUGAGAGAGGACACUUCUCGGUUUGACAGCACUUCCCAAGAAGAAGAACAGCAAUGUGCGGCGUUUGAGACGACCCUAGAUAGCAGUUCCUCUGUGGAAGACUCCAGAGAUGACAAGUUGGACUCCACCAGGGAAGGGGAAACGUCUGAGGCAGAAGAGACCAAGGACAGCUUCCAAAUCACAGGAAAGUCUUCCCUGAACAACACCUCUCAGAUAGAAGAGUCCUCUGUCGACUCAAGUGACGUGUCCAACUCCCGCUUCUUUGUGCCGUCUCAGCCAGCUUGUCAAGGACCUGAAGCAGAGUGGGAGUCCAGAGGACAGGAUACACCAGACUCGGCUGGACGCAUCAGCAUUAAGGCCACUGUUAAUGAGACAAUGACUCCCCCCAGCUUCAAGAUGAGAGAUGAGAAUUUCAUCGCCUUCAGUACACCAGCAGAGGGCCCUGCUGUACACCCACUCCAACCAGUAACUGAUCUGAUUGUGUCAGCUACUGGAGAACAGAAAUCCCCAGUGAAACCACGCAAACCUCGAGCUCCAAAGGCAAUAUGGAUUAAAACCCCAGCUCCUGAGGAGGCCCAGCGGAAGCCUCGAGUUCGAACCCCUAAAGUGGAUAAGACAAAGACUGAUGAAGAGGGAGGCCUUACAGGAGAGGUGGCCAAGGGCAGAAAGAGGAAGGCGUCUGUCAAGGUGGAUGUUAAAGAAACGUCAGCUGUAUGUGGAGAGGCUGAGCACACAGGAGAGGUUGAUCCAAUCACAGCGACAAUUGAAGCUGUUCUAGCCAAUGCUUCAUCUGUUAACACAGCAGUUGAGAAACCCAAGAAGGUGAAAAGGGCCAAGAAACAGGACCAAGAUGGAAACUUGGCAAAGACGCCUAAACAAGAUGCCGAAAAAACAGCUGAUGAUGAAAAUGAUGACGACAGCUCCACUGCAGGUGAAUCUAACAGACGGAGGGUUGCAACUGAGGAGCAGGUCCAGUUCCCACUGCGACAUGGUUGGAAGAGGGAGAUUCGUGUGAAGAAAAUGGAGAGCCGCAUGAAGGGCGAAACCUGGUAUUACACACCUUGUGGAAGGAGGAUGAAGCAGUUCCCGGAAAUAAUCAAGUACUUGAAGAGACACACGGACAGUGUGGUCACCAGAGAACACUUCAGUUUCAGCCCACGCAUGCCUGUUGGAGAUUUUUAUGAAGAAAGAGAAAGUUCUGAGGGUAUGAAGUGGGUCCUCUUGGCUAACGAGGAGGUUCCCUCCAUGAUCAUGGCCAUUACUGGCCGGCGAGGUCGACCUCCAAACCCUGAUAAAGAGAAACCUCGCAGAGUUCGUAGCCUGAAGGGAGGGCAGGCCCGCCGCCCCGGUCGACCUCCCAAACCCAAGAUGAUAGACCUCCUUAGCAAAGUUGACGCUAAGCUUUUGAAGCGACUUGAGGCCAAGGAAGCUCUCACAGAGGAGGAAAAGGAGAAACUAGCAAAAAUCAAAAAGAAAAUGAAGAGAAAGGCAAGAAUGAAGAGAAGGGAGGAUGUGAAGGCUAAGAAGAUGAAAGAGGCGAAAAAGAAAGCCAAGCUUGAGCAAGAAGCCAAGGACCUAGAGCUGAAGGCUGAACCAACCGACCCGACAGCCCCACAGGUCGCACAGCCAGCGUCAGGGUCUGCUGCAGAGCCCAAGAAGCCUGGCCGCAGGAGGUCAGUCAAGGUUGAGGCUCCUCCGCCAAUACAGCAGACUGAUGAGGAGAGGAUAGCCCAGGGUAAGCGGGUGCUGGGUGCUCGGAGUAAAGCCAAGGCUCUGGCUAAAGCCCAGGCUGAGGCAGAGGCAGCAGCUCAGGCUGCUAUGGCAGCAAAGAGGGCAGCAGAGAGGAGGGCGCAGGCCCAGAGGCGCCUGGAGGAGCGGAAGAGGCAGCAGUUGAUCGCAGAAGAACUGAAGAAGCCCACAGAGGACAUGUGUCUUACUGACCACAAACCCCUGCCAGAGCUGUCCCGUAUCCCUGGUGUGGUUCUUUCUGGCACGGCGUUUGCACACUGCCUGGCUGUGGUUGAGUUCUUACAUGGCUAUGGAAAAUUGAUUGGUCUCAAUGUACCCAAGGACAUCCCCAGCCUCGCUACCCUGCAGGAGGGCCUCCUGGGCCUGGGCGACAGCCAAGGAGAGGUCCAGGACCUAGUGAUAAAGUUGGUGGAGGCUGCACUCCAUGAUCCAGGCCUGCCAUCAUUUUAUCAGUCAAUAAAGAUUCUGGGGGAAAAGCUGGUUGAGAUAGAGCUGACCCGCAGCACAGUCUCGGAAGUGCUUCGCAUCUUUUUGGAAUCUCAUGCUUAUGAUACAGAAGUGUGCAAUACAAUGAGGACCAAAACGUUCCACGCCCUGCCUCCUGACACCAAGGCAGCCAUUCUGGGUUUCCUGGUGCAAGAGCUCAAUAGCAGCAACAUUGUGACAAGUGACAUUGACAACACAUUGGAAAACAUGGCAACUUACAGGAAGAACAAGUGGAUCAUUGAGGGGAAGUUACGCAAACUGAAGGCGGCACUAGCGCGUCGUACAGGACGCUCAGAGGAAGAGCUGUGUUUUGAGGAGAGGCGGCGCAGUGCCAGAGUGGCUGAGGAAGAGAACCUCAGUAUGGAGGAGAAUGGCCUACCUGUGGAGAGAGGCAACCGCCGCGCACGCAAAGAAGAGCCCAAACUCAGUGACAGUGAGAGCCCAUCCACUGCUAGCAUUCCAGAGCUUGAAAGGCAGAUAGAUAAGCUAACCAAGAGGCAAGCAUUUUUCCGUAAAAAGCUGCUACAGUCGUCUCAUUCAAUGCGGGCCACAUUGCUAGGCCAGGACCGUUACCGGCGCAGAUACCUGGCUCUACCUCACCUCGGAGGAAUUCUGGUCGAGGGACCAGAAGAGCUGUUGACUUCUGGAGAUGUCCAUGUAGCUGAGGUUCCUGUCACCUUCCUCAAAAAGGAGCCCAAAGUUGAGGAGACCCCCAUGCCUACCACUCCCACUCUACCUUCCUCUCCUUCCUCUGCUAACCCUGCCCAGGCCCAGACCUCGUCUCCAGAGGAGGAUCCCCUCCCUGGCACUGCGUCCCUCAUGAGCAUGCCAAGAGGACGAGGACGCCCCCGAAAAAUCAAACCAGAAGUGGAGCUUCACCUCCGCACAGCAAAGAUUCGCCGUCGGCGUCGAAGUAGCGUCAGAUCUGGGGGUGACGAAGGGCCGGGAUCACCCAACAGUGCCACACAAGACCUCACACAGGCUGCUUUCCAGAGCUGGCUCAGCCAGUCACAGGAAACCAUGACCAACGGUGCGUGCUCUGCAGCAGGGGACGCUCCAGAUGGUAAUCGACCAGAGGAGAGUGUGAAGGAAAUGGCAGAGAAACAGGGACAGUGGUUUAACCUGCUCCCCAAACAACCGUGUGACGAUAACUCUCUGACAGAGGCCCAGAUACCCACCCCACCUCCUAAACUCCUCCCUCAGAUCCCGAGUGCUCUGCCCGCGCUCGCUGCUCCACUCCUGCAGCCGGACCCGCUCUUUCCUGGCCUGGCUACUGCUGACCCUGUAACCUCUGCAACACCACAGGACAUUCCCCCUUCUGAUAAUGCCCCACCAGCACCCCCCCCGCUUCUCCCUGCUCCCAUUCUUGCUGCCACUCCUGCUCCGGCUACCCCCGCCAGGCCAGGUCGCCGGCGGAGGAGAGGUAGCAGAGGCAGCAGUCCUGCCCGCAGAGGGCCAAGGGGGGCUGCAGCCAAGCGCCGUGGCCGACCUCCCAAUGCUGUGUUUCAAGAGCUCGAGCAGCAGUACUUCACACAACUGGUGGUGAAGCCCAUACCAGCAUCAAUGGUGCGUGGCUGGUGGUGGAUCAAGAGUCCAGAUGAACUGUAUAGCACCUUACAGGCCCUCCAUCCAAGGGGCAUCAGGGAGAAGGUGCUCCAUAAGCAUUUGGCCAAACACAUGGAGAGCUUAGCUGAGAUGUGCACGAAACCUGUCGAUGACCCAAUAUUUGAGUUGAAGGUAGAAGAGAAGGAUGUGCUAAUGGAGGCUCUGCAGCAGCCCUGGCAAGUGCAGGAGAAAGCAAUGGAGACUGACAUCAACUCCCUGAAGUGGGUGGAGGACCUGGAGCAGCGGGUGAUUGCCGCUGACCUCCAUCUCAAGGCACUUCCUCAGAUUGCAAUGAAUGAUGCUGAAUCAAACACAGAGACAUCUGUGGCGGAAUUUCAGCCCUACACAAUCCCAGAUCCAGACUCCACACGUGAUGACCUUCAAUACUACGAACAUGACGCAGACCCUCAAGAUGACUGGAUUGUGCGAACUAAGAAGGAGUGGUCUGGCCUGCCACGUAUCGCCACACACCCGGUGGACUUGGCUGUGCUGCGCUUGGCCAACCUUGAGCGAAACAUUGAAAGGCGAUAUCUAAAGGAGCCGCUCUGGAACCCAGCCGAAGUGAUGCGCCUCGCUCCUCUCACCCCUACUCCAGGAGAAGAGCAUCCCAUGGAUGUCUUCAGUUUGGAAAGUGAGAUCACGUCUCGACUGCGAACGUGGCGGCAGGCUCUGGAUCGCUGCCGCAGUGCUCCCCAGGUCUGUCUGUGUUUACUUCAGCUGGAGAAGGCCAUUGCCUGGGAGAGAUCUGUGACUAAAGUGACUUGCCAGGUUUGCAGGAAGGGAGACAAUGAUGAUUGCCUGUUGCUAUGUGACAGCUGUGAUCGUGGCUGCCACAUGUACUGCCUAAGGCCCAAAAUCACCCAGGUGCCAGAGGGAGACUGGUUUUGUCCCACCUGCGUUGCCCAGGAGAAAGGUGAUUCACCGCGCUCGUGCAAAAAGAGGACCAGGGUGAAGAAGAGAAGAUAUGAAGACGAUAGCUCUGAAGAUGAGACGACAACGCGACGUAGUGGCGGCAUGGCAACACGGUACAAGGAGAUUGUUUCGCCCUCUUCAUCUUCCCGUAACUCUGGAGACGGAGGCGCCACUAAACGUCGUCGCAUGACAACCCGCAACCAGCCGGACCUCACCUUCUGCGAGAUCAUUCUAAUGGAGAUGGAAGCGCAUGCCGAUGCCUGGCCAUUCCUUGAACCCGUCAACCCCCGAUUGGUUCCAGGCUACCGCCGCAUCAUCAAGAACCCCAUGGACUUCCUCACCAUGAGAGAAAGACUGCUUCAGGGAGGGUACUGCAGCUGUGAGGAGUUUGCAGCAGAUGCUCACCUCGUCUUCAACAACUGCGAGCUGUUCAAUGAAGACACGUCGGAGGUGGGAGUGGCUGGACACUCCAUGAGGCGUUUCUUUGAGAGCCGCUGGGCGGAGUUCUACUCGAAUAAGGACAAAUAGGAGCAUGCGGCGUUCCCCCUGAUGGUGGGGCUGUAUACUGUUGGUGCUUCCACCGUCCCAGUCACACACUCUCCAUUACCGCUAAGACUGUCUGGAGGUUCUUCCAGCUAUGUGUAUUCUCAUGUAUAGAUAUAUAUGUAUAGAUUUUGGCUAUUUGUCUGUUAUCGUUUCCUCCACCGGCCUAAUCUUUUCCAGGCCCACAGCUGAACUGGCUUGACCUUGUACCCAUUCCCCGUAACAGAGUGAGAACAUGUCUCUCUUCACUUUUCCUUCCCCCACUCGUGUCUCCUCAUCAUCACCUCGGCACAUCAGCUCCUGUUUGCGUUCUGCUGUCACAUCCUCUCACAAGCCCCAUGUCGUAGCGAGGCCUUUGGUCAAGCCCUGCUGUGGGGCGACACAGCCUCAGGCUCACAAUGAAGGUCAGGGACUGAUCACACUAUUGCAGCUUAAGUGCUGCACACUGGACCUGAUUAGCACCGCUAAAUGACAAAAUGGAUCUCAACAAACUCUUCACUGAGCUUGGGCCAUUUCUUACCUGUUCAAUGGAAACGUAAUGUAACGUGGUCUUAUGCCUAGAAGUAAUUUUUUUGCUCAAUAUAUUUUUAUUAUAUAUUCUAUAUAUAAAUAUAUAUAAAGAUUACAAUAGCUGGGAUUAUUUAAUAGCAAUAGCUUGUAGUGAACGUGUACAGAUUACCUUAUAGAGAUGUCUAGACGAUUUAUGAAAAGGCCAGUUAAACUAAAAGGAAUCUGUCCUUGGACUGUCACGAGUAGACGUUUGUAUAACCUCCACUUAAAGUCUUGGACGCACACAUUCACACUUUUCACCAACACACACACAAACAUGCACACGAUUUCACACACAUACCCACCUUCUGCUGCUGUGUGAAAGACACUGGUUUCUGAAACUGGAGGAUAGGGGUUUUUUUUUUUUUUUUUUUAUAUAUAUAAAGUGUGUCAGUCGGACUGAGCUCAGACUCUUAUAUUUCACUGUCCCUUUUGUUGAGAGUAAAUAAUCCAGUAGUUACACCGCAUCUGUGUCACAGACUAUACAAGUGAAAGGAUGCUCCUACAACACACAGCUCGCAUUGAAAUGUUGCUCUUGUAUAGUACAAAAUUGCCCCAGGUGAAGAUUGUGUUUGCAGCUUCAAAACUGCAACUGACGCAUGUUAAUCUGUGAAUCUGGAAGUGGUUAUGUGCGAGGCUAAAAUCCCCUCCAUUUUAAAGGCUAGAAUUGCAAAGGAGCUUUGAUAAUAAGGUACUAGGCACAUUCCUGCCUGGUUUUGUCUUACAUUCCUUUUUAUUGAUUUAUGUGCUGUACAAGGGCCCAUGUACGAUGUUGCGCGGCAUGACUGGCGUGCUCUGAAGGCGACGGGAUGAUUCCACUGUCCGGGUUUUAUUUAAACAUGUUUCUUACACUGAACUCAAAUCUGUUGAUAGGAAGUAAACUUUGAUGUUCCUUAUUACACUUGAGGGACAGAUGUUUUUUCAAAAAAAAGAAGAAAAAAAAACACACGAAAACCAAAUGUGGUGUUAAGUGAAUUUUUAAUAAUGUACAGUUUUGGUGACUUUAAAUUUGUUCCUUUAUAUUUUUAGGACCAAUUCAUCAUUUUUAAGAGGAGGUAUUACAAGAUGUUGUAUUAAGGUGAUGUAACACGUGUGCAUCUGUAGAAUGUACUGUGAGUUGAAUAAAAACCACAUCUAGUAGAGAGCAUUA